UCCUCGAAAACACCACAAACCCACAUCAAAAACAUCAGACUCACUCUCUUUCUCUCGAAUAAUAACAACUUGCCACUGUUCCAAUUUAACUAUUAUUAUUACUACCCAUUAGUUAGUUAGUUAAAUUCAUGAUGAUGAUCAUGAUCACACGUAGGAAGAAUAAAAUUCUCUCUUAAUUCAUUUAUCAUUCAGUAGCGCUCGCCCGAGAACAGAACAUUUGUUCAGUGGUAAAUAAAAGUAAAUAGGACGUCAUCAUUAUCAUCAUGCACAACUGAGUGCAUAAAUAACAACAAAAUAUGAGUCAAUUUGACGACGUGGUCAAUCCCUCUUGAACAAGCUGCUGCCAUCCACAAUGAAGAAAAAUAUUGAUAAGGACAACGGAUAAGGGAAGAAUAGAAUAGAAUAGGUGGUAGAGUUUGUUAUUGAGAGAGUCGUAGUUAGUUAGUUGUUGGAGGACUCAGUUUAAUAAAAUAGUUUAGCGAGAGCAGUAAUAUUUGAUUGUGACUUUAUUUAUAAAAUUAUAAAUUAAAUUGGAACACACAUAUCCAUUCGUCGUAUAAAAAGGUUAUGUUGAAUAAGAACUGGAGUUUAAAACAAUACUGGUGAUAAAUAGUCAACUUCAUCCAUCAUCACCAAAGUUCAGUCAGCAAUCAAUUUUCUACCACUACAAAGCUAGAUUAAUACGUCGUCGCCAUAUCCAAGUCAAAUUGCCAUUAAGGAGAGGAACGUCAUAUCAGAAAAAUCACUUAUUAAGAUUAUUAGUGUUCGACAUUCAUCUUGUUAUUGAUAGUAUAAAUCUGCCACUGAUCCUCAUGAAGACGAAUGGGUAGGGGUUGGGAAAAUUUACGGCUAAGGAGUAGGAGAUAAGCAAAGUACCUUAGAAAUAUAAUUAGUGCUUCUGAGAGAAGAAUUGGUGUCAGCAAUGGCCGGGAUUAUUAAGAACCAAAUCCUUAAACACCUGUCCAGGUAUGUCAAGAAGUUGUCAUCGGAUCGUAUAAACGUGAGCACCCUGAAGGGGGAGGGGGAGCUGACGGACUUGGAACUGGACGAAGAAGUUUUGACCGAAUUGCUGGCUUUGCCCAUUUGGAUGAAGAUAAAGAAGGCACAUUGUAAUCGUGCUCGGCUCAUGAUUCAAUGGACAAAGUUGAAAAGCAUUCCGAUUCGUUUGAUAUUGGACACAAUCGAGAUACAAAUUGAAGCGUGUGAAGAGCUGCGACCAGUUGUGACUGCACAAACAUCCCAUCUGACCUUGCCUACAGCGGGGAAGUACGGCUUUGUAAAUAAAGUUGUGGAUGGAAUAACGGUGACCGUGGAGGCCGUUGAAAUUCGUUUCUUUAGUAAAGCAUUUGAAUCGAAAGUGCAGAUCUCUCGUAUUCGCGUCGAAUCGAAGUCUCCUCAAUGGAAGAAAGUGGAACUACCUCAUACUCGAUUGAAAGACUUGGAAAAGGGGGAACUGUUAAUAUUUAAAGAAAUUGAAUGGCAAACGUUAAGACUGGAAGCCCAGUCGACAAAAGAGAAGCAUUUGGCACCUCUAAGACUUUUAGCAAAUCAGACAAAAGCUCGGGUUGUGAUCAAGAAGAAACUUAGUGAUUGUGCUGUUAUUGGCUGUCGACUAACACUAAUUCUGGAUGAUCUCCUCUGGGUUCUCACUGACUCCCAAAUAUUAGCUGCUGCACAUUUCAUGAGCUCUUUGUCUGGACUGGUUAAACAAGCAACGGAGAUGGUGCAAGCUGUGAAAGCAGCAAGAAAACUGGAGAGUUUAAACGAAUAUCGAGCUCAAGAGUUCCAUGCUGCGUCUGCACAAAAUCGUACGCCACAUUCUGAAGCUUCCAGAAUUUUCGAUGCAUUCGAUGUGAAAGAGACAUCUUAUCAUUUAAUUUGUGAAAAAAUCGAUUUGCAUUUUUGUGACGAUCCUGGAGGUGGAAGGUCUAAUCAUCCAGAUUUGGUCGAUGGGGGCGCAGGACAAGUGCAAUUAACCCAGUUCAUUGUAGACUUUUAUCCAUAUCACUUGGCGAAAGCUGAGCGAAAACACUGGUUUAAAUAUGCCGACAACGAUCUAAACCAUUGGCUUAAACAAGCAUUAACGUCAUUCCAUGCUCAAAUGAUGGACUUAUUUCCAAGAUCGACGGGUGGAUCGAACUUAAGUAGUCCGAUGGAGGGGGAAAAUAUUUCCUCUCCACGAAAAUAUUCCUCCGCAAACUCUGACAUAGUGAGCUCCCGGCUGAGUGAGCAAAUGUCGAAACUUAUGAGUACCUGUCUUGUUGUGAAGAUCAGAGAUAUUUGUAUGUACAAGGUCACCACUUCGUCCAAGGAAACUCCCACACCAUUCAUAUCUAGUUACUUAGAGCGGCCAAAGGAUAUUUCUGCAGUAAAUAUGGAAUUCACGUGGUUUUACAAUCCUGGUGGUAUUAGUUUUCCAUGUCCUAGUCCAAAAUUUUAUACGCAAGUCAACCCUCUUCAAAUUCAUUUGGAUGUUUGCACCAUCCUGUGGUUAAACAGUUUUGUAACAAAUAUACAAUCUUCCAUUCCACAACUCAAUGCUCAACAAGAUGGAGAAAAUGGAGACUAUAUGGAUGUUAGACUUGAACUUAUCAUGCCCAAAGUGGUGUUUGAAGAGAAAAUUCGCUAUCAUUCAUACAAAGAAAGGCCAACGGCUCUUCAAAUCCAAGCUUCUCGUAUUAUAGUGUCCAACUACCGAUCUAGUGAGACGGGAACACGAAGUCAGCUUGCCACAGCCAUUGUUGAAAUUGAAAAACACUUUGGUCUGUCAGAUAAUGGAGUUUCACAAAUCCCAUCUAAACUACUUUUGCACUCGAAAGGGAUGGAUAAAGUUCGAGAAGGUCGAAGGUCAAGUUCCCAUGAUGGCAUUCACCUUACUACCGACAUGUUGUGGACAGAAUCCAGAGAUGUUUGGUGUAUCACCGUCGACACUGUAUGGGCUGAUUUUUGUGUCGAGCCCAAAUUCAAACCAGAAUUUGAUAAUGGAGGAGGCGAACAGAAGAGAAAAUUUAGGACAUCUACUACAACUUCUCAAUCUGAUUCGUCUCUGCUUCCAUUCGUAGAUUCGCUCCCCCUCUCACUUUGGUUGUAUUCCGAAGAAGAGCUUAUUGAUCCGGAGUUCUCUUUGGGGACACGUAAAGAUGUUAAAGCAAUACUUCGUACCGAUGGAAUGUGCAAUAUCCAGCUAACACAUCAACAGUACCUGUUCCUGUUGCGAGCUGCUGAAGCAAUAUCUGAAAUAUCGUUAUUCCUUACGAUCGACACGAGAAAGACUUAUAUCGUGCCGCGAAGGGAUGACUCUGUUCACCUAAUCGGUUGCCUUCCCCGCCUUGAAAUAUCCUUCAUUUUGCCAUGUACGGAAAACUCUGAUAUCCAAAGAGAAAAUUCUUCCCUGGACGAUAUUGGCCCUUCUCCUGUUCCAGAUCCACUCUCAUCUCAUAACACACACCGAUUACUGCAAGAGCAAGUUUCAAAUUGGAAUUCUUCUGAAGAAAAACUACGUACACCUCGGGUGCCAGAUACUGGCGGUGGUCAAUUUACACCAGAUUCACCAGAAAAGUUUUACAGCGACUUUGCACCGGUUAGGUCACCGUCAGUAGCUCCCGUGGAUUCCAUAAAAUCUACGUUUGCUCAGGGAAUGAAGCAAGGUCUGUCAAAUAUAGUUGUGUCAUUUACCAAAGCGGGUGGCCAAUCCACCCCGGACAGCGAAGUGACGUCCUUGUGGUCCACCGAUUCCUCGGAGAACAAUUUUAUCACUUUGGAUCCAGACCAGGACUUGUCCCCGUUUCCGCAAGAUGAACCUGAAGAAGCUGUAGAAGUGGCAGAAGAAGUGAUUGAAGAUAACAGUCAGUCAACUGGUUCUUUCUCCAUUCACAAUCCUUACGGAAAGGAAGACACUAUUGAAAUAAAUGUUCUGACCAUCUCUCUGAACGGUCUACUCAUUCGUCAACAAUCUGAAGGUUUGUCGAGUAGUAUUUCGCUUUUAUGCAAGACUCUGUUGAUUGAUGAAUGUGGUCAAAUUCCCUGGAAAGAUUUUCAGACAUUAUUCGCAACUCGAGGCAAGAAAUGGCGAACUGGCAGCGAUCGAAAAGCCCUAAUGACUGAACCUAAUAAUGCAAUAAUUUUAAAUUUUACGCAACGCAUUGAUGAUAUAACUUUUAAGAAUUGUUUAACUUCGGACGAAAUGAUUGACGCGCUGAAGCAAGUAAAAACUUCCAAAUGUCCCCGAGUAAACUUGAUUGAUCGACCAGGACCAGAAUCACCAAUUCGCAAAGGCAUGACCAUGUCCACCCAUCCUCACAUCACGGCUAGCAUAGACUUGUGCGAUGGAAAGGCAAACGAAGGACAGUUCAUAACACUUCACAGCAGUAUUCUUAAGUCUGCAGGGGAUUUUUUUGAAGAUGAACUACCACCAACGAUUCUACCGAUGAAGAUUUCCGUUGUUGGAGCAAAUAUAGAAAUUUUGGAGGACAACAAAGGUCCAAACUUUCCUGCAACUAGGCUACGCCUGCAAGAUUCUAUAGUAGUUACGAGGAAUGAGGACGGAAUGUUUAGUUUGGGGUGUCCUUGCGAGAAACCCAAACGGCAAAUUAAAACAAAAAUUUGCAAUGGUCGAGACGUAACUGUGGCUGGAAUGGAAGACAUGAUAACUGAUUUCAAACAACAAAUCAUGCAGUUGCGACAACAAGUUUUAGAGUUAGAAAAAGAUAAGUCUACACUUGCAAACCAACUCGAACAGUUACAGAACAGCAAGACUUGAGAUACAUAAAUAUAAUUUCCUAUCAUCCGCAGCUGAUGAGAAAUUGCAUGCAAUCAAUAUACCUUGUUUAUAAUGUGAUACGAACAUAACUUAUUCUACUAGAAAUAUAAGACUUUGUUACAAGCUUAAACCCAAAGUAUGUGUGAUACAAAAUGUGCGAAAGUCGAAAGUUUCAAUAAAACAAAUUAAAUGAAAGUAUACAAUAAGUGAA